UUUAUCAAAACUUCAGAUUCAAUUAUCCCAUGGUUUUCUUAAUGUUGCUAUAUGGCGUGUUUUGUGCGCACAUGCGUAUACUGUGGUACAAGGCACAAUGCAUCUCCUGGAACAAGUGUGCACCUACGAUAGAUUCGUUCUUAUCAUUGCAGCACUAUUGGGCCUACAAUUCACUUCCGGUGUCAGCAAUUCGGCAAAAAUUAAAGUCGUCGGACUAUUCGAUACGUCUUCGACACACUUGACCUCUACAUUCCAGGACGCAGUGACUGUCAUUAAUGAUCAAAACAGUGAAGUCCAGAUCAUCCCAGUAAAGGUCAUCGCCAACUUUUCUGAAUCUGUGCUUAAACGUUCUAAAAGAUUAUGUAAGAUUUUCGAAACCGGAGUAGUUGCGGUCAUUAGUGCACCCGGGAGUUUCUCUCAUGAAUACGCGCACUCCAUCUGUGAUACACUGGAUAUUCCAUUUAUUGGUAUUCGACGCACGGAAGUCACAUACAAGGAUGCUGUCGCCAUUAAUACAUAUCCAUACGAAAUGGCGUUGAGCAAGCCAUAUACGGACAUUAUCAGAUUUUGGGGAUGGUCAUCCUUUACCAUUUUAUAUGAGCACCCGGAUGGCUUGCUGAAGUUCCGGGAUAUGUUGAAUUACGUGAGCUUCCGCUUUACCAUAACCAGUCGCCAGCUAAUUGGUUCAGACUACCGCAGUGUCCUGCGCGAACUCCGUAAUAGCGGGGAAAAUCGGAUUAUUUUAGAUUGCGCCACAUCAUCACUGGCGAGAAUCCUGCGACAUGCUCAGCAAUUAAAACUUCUUACCCGCGACUAUCAAUAUUUAUUGACGACGCUGGACAUCCACACCAUCAAUCUGUCAUCAUUUGUAUAUGAUCAUGCUAAGAUCACUUCGUUCCAGCUGAUUGAUUUCGCGGCUAAUAAUAACUUACGUUGGAUCCAUAACACCGCUACGAUCUUGCCAAAUUUGUCGACCGAGCAAGCCUUACUUUAUGAUACGGUGGCUCUGAUAUCAAAGACCUUUGAUGGGGAAGACAUCUCAGAAAUCCGUCCUUUUCGGGCCGACUGCGAAAAAGGUGAAAGUUGGGUGCAAGGCAGCGAAGUUUUAAAUGCGUUGUUCCAUACCGAAUUCGACGGCUUAACCGGGGUCAUCAAGUCUGACGCUUAUGGGCGGCGUUCCGAGUUCAUACUGGACAUUGUCCAGGUUACGGAAACCGGACAGGCUACGAUUGGCCAGUGGACGACAAAUGACACAAUCCAAAUUGGACCAAAAUUAAAACCGGGUGGCGAUGUGCUGAAAAGCAAGAACCUCCGCGCGAUCAUUGUACUGGAGCAACCAUACGUUAUGCUGAAACCGGAUCACGAUAUUCGCAUAGGCAACGACAAGUACGAAGGAUAUGCCGUGGAUUUAAUGAACAUAAUCAUGCAGCGCUUAGAGCUAAAUUACACUCUGGAGGACAAAGGCAAACUUGGACACGGUGUCUACGACAACACAACCAAUUCAUGGACCGGUCUAAUCGGCGAGCUAGUUAACCGCCGCGCCGAUGUGGUGGUGGGUGGCAUCACCAUCAACCACGAGCGGGAAAAUGUAGUGGAUUUUACCAAACCUUUUAUGCACCUGGGCAUUAGUAUUCUGUACAAGAAACCCGAAAAGAAACCACCCGAUUUGUUUUCCUUCCUGCAUCCGUUCGGCGCCGAUGUAUGGCUAUAUAUGACAAUUUCCUUUCUGGUUGUCUCGGGGACGAUUUUUCUGUUGGGCCGGUUUACGCCGUACGAGUGGUAUAACCCGCAUCCCUGUGAUGAGUCUUCGAAUGUAGUAGAAAAUCAGUUUACAAUUGGCAAUUCACUAUGGUUUACCGUGGGAUCAUUAAUGCAGCAGGGAUCGGAUAUUGCGCCACGUGCAAUGAGCACGCGAACGGUCGCCGGAUCUUGGUGGUUUUUUACUCUAAUAAUGAUUGCCAGUUACACUGCAAAUUUGGCUGCUUUUUUGGCGGUGGAAAGGACCGACCAACCAAUCAGAAGCGCUGAUGAUUUAGCGCAACAAACAGUUAUCCGCUACGGUUGUUACAAAGGCGGUGCAACUUAUAAUUUUUUCAAAGAAUCCAAACAUCCGGUGUAUCAAAAAAUGUGGCAGUUUAUGCGAUCCGAUCCGACGAACUUCCACACAAGUAGCCAAGACGGCAUUCAGGCAGUGAAAAAUGGCAAAUAUGCCUUUUUUAUGGAAACACCAUCACUGGAAUACACGGUUAAUCAGAACUGUGAUAUGACCCAAAUCGGUGGGUUGCUGGAUUCUAAAGGUUACGGACUCGUCACGCCGCAAAAUUCUCCAUACCGCGAUCUGAUAUCUAAAGAAAUUCUCCGUCUACAGGAGAACAGCGAGUUGGAGGUGCUGAAGGAUAAGUGGUGGAAAGGGAAAAGCCAGGUGAUCUGCGCGGAUGCCGGCGCUUCCGAUUCCGGCGCUUCGGAAUUGGGAAUGGCUAACGUGGGUGGGGUUUUUGUUGUAUUGCUGGGAGGUAUCGGCACGGCGCUGAUCUGUGCGGCAAUGGAAUUCUUGUGGCAAGUUGGAAAAGACUCCAAAAGUAGCGGGACUCCAUUCGGCAAGCAAUUUGUCCGUGCGUUUAUUUUUGCGCUCCUGCUUCGGCCGCCGAAAGAUGAUGAAGCGAAGAAACGAUGAACCAGAUUUCCCAGAUUGUAUACACUGUAAAAGUAACUGGCAUUCCAUGCUGCGGAUUUUCUUCAGAAGUAUUGAAAUUGGUAUCCAAAUGGUAGCGGGUUAUUGAUCUUCGUUGACAAUUCUCCAUCGUCGGAAUAUGUGAUAAAAUUACCGCCUGGGUCCAUUUCAUCGUACGAAUUGCUCGGAAUCCAUGGUGCCUUUUCAAGUCCGGCAUAUAAACCGUUCCACGAUAAACCUACCAACAAGCGUCGCAUCAUCGAAGUCAUCUAAAAAGUGUUUACCUGAUAAAUGUGUUUUACCUCGAAACCAGGGAUGCUGCUUGAGUGCUGUUAUUCCACCUGGACCAGCUCCUAGCCGAUCUUGGGCAUUCAGAACAAGUAAUUGUUUGAGAAUCUGUUUAUCAAGUUUGCCAAACCAACGUGGCGUGUCAUAAUGUAAGCUGAAAAUUUUCUGCUUCAUCUGUUCUUCAUACAGCGCUGAAACCGAUUCUUCGGGGAACGUCUCGCUUCCCGAAUAUAGUUCGUACAGGAAUAAACCGAAUAUCCACCAGUCCACAUUUUCGUCAUAUGGCUGCGCCAACCACACCUCGGGCGGUUGGCUACCCAGUGCGCGGUUAGUUUUUGUCCCAGGUUUAUAUUCAUAGAUCCAUUCUGUUAAUGCAGUGUCCUUCGUGAGCCGUACCGCAUUAGCGAGGUCCCCGAUCUUAAUAUAGCCAUCUUUGCAGAUCCAAAUAUUUUUUGGGCGUAACUCCCGUAAUACAAUGCCUAGAGCAUGCAGGUAUUCCAGCGCUAGGACCACUUGGGCGGCAUAAAACUGGGCGUGAUCCGAGGGCAUUUUUUUCAGUUUAAGGAUACGAGAUUGCAGAUCGCCGCCUGGAUAAUGCUC